AUGUACUUUUUUUCCAAAUACUACUUAUUAGAAGUAGAAGGAGAAAAUAAUGAUGAAUAAGAAGAUGAAAAAUAAAAUAAUAAAAAAGAAAAAACUCCUUUAUUAUUUGUUGAUGUAAAUCUUGGUUAGGGAAUGACUAAAAGAAUAAUAGUUUAUGAAAACGAUAGAUCAGAAUAACUUGCUAAUAAAUUUGCAGAAGAACAUAAGCUAGAUGAUAUUACAAAAAAAAAAUUUAAAGAAUUAUUAGAUGAAUAAAUUGCAGGUCUUUUAAGCAAAAUAGAAGAAGAGGUUUUAUCAUUCGAUAGUAAUAUUAAUGAAUGA